CCUCUGCCGGUGGUCGUGGGCGACUGCGGCCAGGAUGGGCCGGAAGGUGACCGUGGCCACUUGCUCGCUGAACCAGUGGGCGCUGGACUUCGAGGGCAAUUUGCAAAGGAUUUUAAAGAGUAUCGAAAUUGCCAAACACAAAGGAGCAAGAUACAGGCUUGGACCAGAACUGGAGAUAUGCGGCUACGGGUGCUGGGAUCAUUAUUACGAGUCGGACACCCUCUUGCAUUCGCUGCAAGUCCUGGCUGCCCUUUUGGAAUCUCCGGUCACUCGCGAUAUCAUCUGCGAUGUGGGAAUGCCCGUGAUGCACCGAAACGUCCGCUACAACUGCAGGGUGAUCUUCCUCAACAGGAGGAUCCUGCUCAUCAGACCCAAGAUGGCCUUGGCCAAUGAAGGCAACUACCGAGAGCUGCGCUGGUUCACCCCGUGGUCCAGGAGUCGGCAAACAGAGGAAUAUUUUCUUCCCCGGAUGCUCCAGGACCUGACAAAGCAGGAAACCGUGCCCUUUGGAGACGCGGUGCUGGCCACCCGGGACACCUGCAUUGGGAGCGAGAUCUGUGAGGAGCUCUGGACACCCCACAGCCCACAUGUCGACAUGGGCCUGGACGGCGUGGAGAUCUUCACCAACGCCUCGGGCAGCCACCACGUGCUGCGCAAAGCCCACGCCAGGGUGGACCUGGUGACCAUGGCCACCACCAAGAACGGCGGGAUUUACUUGUUGGCCAAUCAGAAGGGCUGUGACGGGGACCGUCUCUACUAUGACGGCUGUGCCAUGAUCGCGAUGAACGGCCACAUUUUUGCUCAAGGAUCCCAGUUCUCUCUGGACGACGUGGAGGUCCUCACUGCCACCUUGGACUUGGAGGAUGUCAGAAGCUACCGGGCGGAGAUUUCGUCUCGAAACCUGGCGGCCAGCAGGGUGAGCCCCUACCCCCGAGUGAAGGUGGACUUCGCCCUCUCGUGCCACAAGGAUCUGUUGGAGCCACUGUCCGAGCCCCUCGAGUGGAAGUACCACCGUCCUGCCGAGGAGAUCAGCCUUGGACCUGCCUGCUGGCUCUGGGAUUUUUUAAGGCGUAGCCAACAGGCGGGCUUCUUCCUGCCCCUGAGUGGCGGGGUGGACAGCGCAGCCACCGCCUGUCUCGUCUACUCCCUGUGCCGCCAGGUCUGCGAGGCCGUGAAGAACGGAAAUCAGGAAGUGCUGGCCGACGUCCGGACCAUCGUGAACCAGAUCAGCUACACCCCCCAGGACCCCCGGGAGCUGUGUGGACGCAUCCUGACGACCUGCUACAUGGCCAGCGAGAACUCCUCCCGGGAGACGUGCAACAGGGCCACAGAGCUGGCCCAGCAGAUUGGAAGUCACCACAUCGGCCUCAACAUUGAUCCCGCCGUGAAGGCUGUUGUGGGCAUCUUCAGCCUGGUGACGGGGACAAGCCCCCUGUUUGCGGUCCAGGGAGGAAGCAGCAGGGAAAACCUCGCACUGCAGAAUGUACAGGCUCGGAUAAGGAUGGUCGUUGCCUAUCUCUUCGCUCAGCUGAGCCUCUGGUCCCGGGGUGCUCGAGGUGGGCUGCUGGUGCUCGGAUCCGCCAACGUGGAUGAGAGUCUCCUCGGCUACCUGACCAAGUACGACUGCUCCAGCGCAGACAUCAACCCCAUAGGCGGGAUCAGCAAGUCGGACCUGAGAGCCUUCGUCCAGUUCUGCAUCGAGCGCUUCCAGCUUCCCGCCCUGCAGAGCAUCCUGGCAGCGCCGGCCACCGCAGAGCUGGAGCCCUUGACCAACGGACAGGUGUCGCAGACUGACGAGGAAGACAUGGGGAUGACGUACGCAGAGCUCUCCGUCUACGGGAGACUCCGGAAGGUGGCCAAGACCGGGCCCUAUAGCAUGUUCUGCAGACUCCUCACCAUGUGGGGCCACAUCUGUACCCCGCGGCAGGUGGCUGAGAAGGUGAAGCGGUUUUUCUCAAAGUACUCCGCGAACAGACACAAGAUGACCACGCUCACGCCCGCCUACCACGCAGAGAGCUACAGCCCCGACGACAACAGGUUCGAUCUGCGGCCGUUUCUCUACCACACCGGCUGGCCGUGGCAGUUCCGGUGCAUAGAAAACCAGGUUCUCCAGCUCGAGCGGAGAGAGGCGCAGGACCUGGAUGGCGUGGACUGACGUCGGGCCCUGCGUGGAGUGCUCCCCUUCCCCCGAGGAUCCCACGUCACGUGGCCUCGCUAGUGACCACCGGCGUGAGCCACUCCCUGCCCAGACGGCGUGGUCAGCAAGUCUUGUUUUCCAUUUUAAGGGAGAGGGGAUCUCCUCAGUCUUCAGUCUCGUUCCUUUAACAAAUGGCGGAAAUAAAGAG